AUGAUGCGUCGUUCCCUCUUUCAGGGAGUCUACACCCUUUGUUUGCGUGGCACCGCGCGGUCGUACACGGACGCCAGAACAAUUCGUAAACCGUGCCAAUUCGAUCAGAUAGUCGACGCCCAGAAUGAAAAAUACAUAGAGGGCAUGUUAAAACAGUAUGAGAGGGAUCCCACGUUAGUGGCGCCAAGUUGGGUUCCGGUGCUGGAGAAUCUGGGAAAGGCACCUCUUGAAAUGCCUCUUGUGUCCAAUUUUCACCGUCCCACCUCGGUAGAGACGCUGACAGAAAGAGAGCGACUUCAAAACAUGAGUCUCUCAUGGAUGAUUCUGGCAUACGAAAAGAAUGGUCAUUACAUCGCGAAUACAAACCCCCUCAAAUACGUGGAUGGAGUAGAGUCGCAGGUUUUUCAUCCAUCAACUCUGGAUCCAACAAGUUUUGGUUUUACGGAGGAAGACCUUGAGCGGGUGUUUUAUGUCAACUUUGGAUGCGAUUUUGAGGCCAUAUUUGUGAGCGGAGAUACAGGGCGGAAAUUAAAAGAAAUUGUGGCGCAGUUGCGUCGCAUGUACUGUGGUUCCAUUGGAUUUGAAUUUAUGUCCUCUGGUUAUUUUGACCUUCGUAACUGGUUUCGUCAUCAAAUUCUGAAUACUUUGAAUCCACUUGAACGGCAAGAUCGUCUCGCCAUAUUUGAUGAUGUUGUGCGCAGCUGUGGAUUUGAGCAUUUUUUAAACAUGAAGUACGGAAAUCAGCAGCGUUUUGGCCUUGAUGGUGGAGAAGCACUGAUUCCAGCCAUGAGGGCGAUAAUACAAACGGCAAAUGACAAUGAAGCAACGUCUUGUAUUCUCGGCAUGGCGCACCGAGGUCGUCUAAAUGUAUUAUCGAACAUUCUACAGAAGUCUGUGGUCAACAUCUUCUGUGAGUUUGAAGGCAAAGCACCCAAGGACCAAAUGAUGCGCAUUGGCGAUGUGAAGUAUCAUUUGGGACACCGCAAGCAUGUUCAAUUGCGCAAUGGUAAUUUUAUGGAUCUUGAGCUUUUGCCCAACCCUUCACAUUUGGAGGCGGUGAAUUCGCUUGUACUUGGAAAGGCACGAGCAAGACAGUUGUAUAAAAAUGACACCGAUUGCGCAGAAGUUCUUCCGAUUCUUAUCCAUGGUGAUUCUGCCAUCAUGGGACAAGGAUCAUGUUACGAAGUCAUGGGAUUUUGUGGUUUGGAGAAUUACCGCGUUGGUGGCACAAUACAUAUUAUUCUGAAUAACCAAAUUGGUUUCACAACAGAACCCUCCCAAAGUCGAAGCAGUAUUUACUGCAGUGAUUUAUCCAAGGUGAAUAAUGCUCCUGUUUUACAUGUCAAUGGGGAUGACGUAGAGGCAUGCGUUCGUGCAGGUCGCAUUGCAGCUCUGUUCCGCCAAGAAUUUCACAGGGAUAUUAUCAUUGAUCUUAUCUGCUACCGUCGCAAUGGUCACAAUGAGGCCGAUCUCCCCGAUUUCACGCAGCCACACUUGUACCACGCCAUCCGUUCCCACCCAACGCUGGUGGAUAUCUACUCCAAUGUACUUGUUCAAGAUGGACUUAUUACGGAAGAGGCCGUAAAGGCCAAAAAGAAGGAAUACGAAGGACAAAUGCGUCAAGCUCUUGAUGCCGCGCAAAGUUCACAGGACUUUGUUAAAGUCACUCUGACCUUUCAACCGGCCUCGGAGAAUCAGGCGGAGAUGUUAUUGCCCACGGAAGAGGACGAGGAUAUUCCAAAGGCCGUUGAAACAGGUGUGGAAACGAGUACCCUUCGAAAGGUCGGUAUGCAUAUCACUACAAUUCCAAUCGGUGUCAAGAGGGCACAUCCAGUUUUGCAACGCACCUAUACAGCUCGUCGAAAAGCAAUUGAAUCUGGUGAAGGAAUAGAGUGGUGUUUGGCGGAAUUGUUGGCGUUUGGAACCUUAUCCCUGGAGGGUGUAGCUAUACGUCUAUCAGGAGAAGAUGUGGAACGUGGUACCUUUACACAGCGUCAUGCGGUGAUAACGGACCAAGAGACUAACGCCAAGUAUAUGCCUGUGGCCACGCUGUCGAACAAGCAACCGCUAGUCACGAUUUGUAACAGCAGCCUUUCAGAGUUUGGAGUCUGUGGAUUUGAUCUUGGAUAUAACAUUGAAGAUCCAUCAAAUUUAUGCAUGUGGGAAGCCCAGUUUGGCGAUUUUGCCAAUGGUGCGCAGGUUGUUAUUGAUCAGUUCCUUUCCAGUGGUGAAGAAAAAUGGCAGUUGAAAUCCAGUCUCAUUUUGUCACUUCCACAUGGUUACUCUGGGGCUGGGCCUGAGCACAGUUCGGCCCGAAUUGAGCGUUACCUGCAAUUAUGCAGUGAUACCGACGUGGUCCCUGGUAACUUCCGUCAGGAGUCUGCUGCACGCAUGCUGGAGGCACGCAUUCAAAAGUACAAUUGGCAGGUCUGCUACCCCAGCACUCCUGCCAACUACUUCCAUAUGCUCCGCCGCCAGGUAGUGCGGCAAGAUGCAAAGCCCCUUGUAUUUUUCUUCUCCAAGGCUCGGCUUCGUCCUCCAAAUGUGUCUUCUCUUGCGGAAAUGGCAAAGGGCACAUCGUUUUUGCCUGUUAUUGACACCGCGGAGAAUGAAGACGUCGUCGCACGGAAGGUUCUCUUUUGCUCCGGUCAGAUUGAAAGCAUUGUGAAUGAUCAUCGCCAGAAGCUCCGGGCAUCGAAUCACGGCGCGCAUGAUGAUGUGGUGCUGGUGAAGCUGGAACAAUUAUCACCCUUCCCUUGGGAACAAGUCGCCGACGUCUUGGAGAAGUACCACAGUCGGAAUUCAGAAGUUGAAUUUACAUGGCUGCAAGAAGAACCCAAAAAUAUGGGUCCAUGGGCAUACGUGCGUCCACGCUUCCAAAAACUCAUGCGUCAUCUUGGCAUCGAAAAGCCUGGCACUUUUUUAAAGUACAUUGGACGACCGACUGCGGCAUCUCCGUCCACAGGUUAUGGUUCUGUUCAUGUGGAGGAAGAAAAUGAACUUGUCGCUCAAGCACUGAGUUAA